CUCCAGACGCACUUAAAAAUAUUCACUCGAUCACAUUCUUUAGUUUAAUAUUAUCGAUAAUUACGAAUCAAGCAGGAAGUGAUAAGCUUUUUUUACGCUUUAAAGAAUAUUUUGAAAAGGAUGGCAUUGUAAAGCUUUAUUUUAGAGGAAAAUGGAUUUGCAUGAUAACUGAUCCAGUAGUUGCUAAGGAUUUAUGCUUACGAACUGAUGCUUAUCCUAAGUUAAUGUUCGAUGAGGUUUUACCAAAUUCUGCGGCUGAACGGUAUUUUGGUGUUAAUGUUGUUCACUCAAAUGGUGAUGUUUGGAAACGACACAGACGUGUCUGUAACCCUGCCUUUAAAACUUUACCAAUGCAUCUUUUUGUUGAAAUGGGAUUAAAGUUGAUGGAUAUUUUAGAAAAGGUCGAUAAUAAGCCUAUUGAAACUACAACUCUCAUGCAAAGAUUUACUUUAGACGUUCUUGGAAAAGUUGCCUUUGAUUUUGAUUUUAAUAAUCUUGAAGACCCGAAGAAUGUCUACGUAACAACAUAUAAUGCCGUUCAAGAUAUGUUUAAAAGUUCUUUUUUUAGUAUUUUCCAAAUUGACAGUAUUCCGGGCUUAAGACAAUUAGCAUUUAAAAAAAUUGAUAGAUUAAAUAAUUUAUUUGAGGAAAUUAUUAAGGAAAAACGUAAAUCUAUAGCUGCUGGACGAUCUAAUGGUGAUCUUUUGGAAUUGAUGUUAAAUGCUUGUGAAGAUCCAGAUAAUCAAAUGUUAUCAGAUGCUGAAUUACGACAUAAUUUAGCCAUUUUUAUGCUUGCGGGACAUGAUACAACUUCACUGGCUUUAUCAUCUCUUUUAUAUCUUUUAGCAAUUCAUAAAGAUGUUCAAGAAAAAGCUCGAAAAGAAGUUUUAACAAUACUUGGUGAUAAUCUAACACCAUCAAUAGAACAGCAUACAUCAUUAAAGUAUUUGAAUAUGGUUAUUCGUGAAAAUCUUAGAUCAUAUCCUCCAGUCGGAGCUUUACCAUUACGUGUAUUAGCUGAAGACUUAAAGUAUAAGAAUUUUUUUCUUCCGGCUGGCACUCCCGUUAGUCUCUUUAUAUAUGGGAUGCAUCAUUCUACAAAGCUUUGGGAAAAUCCAGAGGAGUUUUUGCCUGAGAGGUUUGAAACUGAACAUGAGAAUUAUUCUUGGAUAGCUUUUGGUGGGGAAAAAAUUAAAUAUUUAUUACCGAUUCAUCGCUCAUUUGGUGGAUAUUUAACAAAGUCUAUCGAUUCGGAUAUUUCACCUUCGAAAGCACGAUUCAAUUACAACACAUCAUUCUUUACGCCAUGGGAUUCCCUGACAAAUGAUUUAACAUUUGAAAAUACUCUUGUUCGAUGGAUUCGUUACUCUUUAAUUGGGCUCAUAUCCAUUUAUCUUUUCAUAGGUUGUGAACCAUUCUCUACUUGGAUCAACGAUAGAAAUAAAUCAUAA